GGCCGCUUUCGGCAAAGAAUCUGAAGUUCUCAUCGGCAACCUGGGCGACAAACUGAUCCCUCAGCAGGAGAUCCUGCGCGACGUCAGCGACCUCAAGGCCUUGGCCAACAUGCACGAGAGCCUGGAGUGGCUGGCAGGGCGCGCCAAGGGGGCUUUCUCCAGCCUCUCCUCCUCCCACACCAUGUCUCCAGGCCAGGACAGCCAUUCCAGCAUGGAACAGCUCCCUGCAUCCGAGCAGAUCCUGCAAACCUUGAGUGAGCUGGCCAGGUCCUUCCAGGAGAUGGCUGAUCGCUGCCUGCUGGUGCUGCACCUGGAAGUCAGGGUUCACUGCUUCCACUACCUGAUCCCCCUGGCCAAGCAGGGCAACUACGCCAUCGUGGCCAACGUGGAGAGCAUGGACUACGACCCGCUGGUGGUGAGGCUCAACAAGGACAUCAGCGCCAUCGAGGAGGCCAUGAGCGCCAGCCUGCAGCAGCACAAGUUCCAGUACAUCUUCGAAGGGUUGGGCCACCUCAUCUCCUGCAUCCUCAUCAACGGCGCCCACUACUUCAAGCGCAUCAGCGAGUCGGGCAUCAAGAAGAUGUGUCGGAACAUCUUCAUCCUGCAGCAGAACCUCACCAACAUCACCAUGUCCCGGGAGGCCGACCUGGACUUUGCCAG